AUGCCACACAAGAGAUCCGUCGAGAAGCUGCUCGACGGCGCGCUGAAGCGCCACAAGAAGCUUGACGAGCGCGCCCGUGCGCGCGAGGAGACAGCAGCCGGCGCCCAUCGGCUGCUCGAGGAGCACUUGAACGGCGUCCCCGGCGUGGCCGCCCAGGUUGACAGAGGGAGGGUCCUCAUCGCCUUGCACAAUGCGGCCAACAUGGACCAGAUCACCGUCUCCAGCGAGGACCUGGACCUCACCAUGGAGCUGAGCAGGGUCAUCAACUUCGUGGACGCGGAGGCCGAAAUGCACAACCGCGUCGUCGUCUACGAGGAGCAGUUCCAGGCCAGGGCGCUGGCCGAGGCUCGGGUGGCGGUCGCCUCCCACGAGGCCGCGCUCGCCGAGCACUUCGCCGAGGACCGGGCCCGCGCGCAGACCGAGGUCGGCAGGGCCUUUGCCGCCGUGCAGGCCCGUGAAGGACAGUUGGUGGCCGAAUCCAUGGCCAUCGCGACCCAGAGCGAGGUGCACUUCAAGGGGCAGGCUAGGGAUGAGCUUCGGCAGUACGAGGCGUUCCUGCUGCAGCAGAGCACCCAGGACCAGCAUGCGUCUAUGAGGAGGUCUGUGCACGAGCUCGAGUUCUACUUCGACGGCAUUUUCCGCCAAUGGGUGCACGAGAUGCAGGAGGAGUACCAGGACCACCACCGUGCCGCGACGGCCGAGAUGAAGGCCGAGGGCCAUGCGGAACUCUUGAGGGCUGGGGCGCACAUCGGCGCCGCGCAUCACAGGACACAGGCGGAACUCCGCCUCGAGGUCGCGGAGAUCGCCUCUCUGCGAGCGCGCGCGGAGGCAGGCGAACGCGGCUCUUAUCGAGCAGCUCGCUACGCAUCACGCCGCCACGAGUUGCGUGAAGAGCAGCUUGAGGCCGAGAUCGGUGCCGUGAGUGACACCAUCCAGACCGAGAUGGCCGACCAGGACGCCCUGCUUCGCUGUGAACUCCGUGCGGCCGAAGAGGCAAUCGCCUCAACCAGGGCAGAGGCCCGAGAAGAAAUCGCCGCCUUCCGCGAGACCACGCAGGCGAGGGUCAAUGAGUGGGCAAAUUCGCUCGUUCAGCAGGGCGACGCCCGAUACCGAACCCUCGCCGAGGCGGAGAACGAGACCGUCGCCGAGCUUCAGGACGUCCAGUCCGAGCUGCAGCAGGUUGUCACGGAGGUGGAGGAGCUCAAGAUGGCAUCGUCGGCUGCCGGCGAGCGGCGGCCGGGAGUCGCCUGCCACGCUGAGGUCCCAGCUCAGCCUUCAUGGGGCGUGGUGCCCACAGCGACGCCGCACAUAACCCCCAUCGCCAUGCCAGCGGCCCCAGGCACGCAGCUGCGCAUGCGGCCGCGAAGCGACGGCGCCUCGCCCACAAGCACCAUACCGAUGACGAGCUUCGGAGGUCCAGAGAGGCUUCCUCAACCAGCGAGCCUGCGGCCCGCCAUCUCGCCUAGUCAGGCUGCGGCGGGGAUCCAGGCGCAGCCAGUCCAGCAGACCCGCUCGAUUGACGGCACGAGCUCCGAUGAGUCGUCGGGCGAGGAGUUCGCCCGGAAGCGCACGAAGGUGACGCAGAUUGACCUCGGUUCGCGUACCAUCCGAUACCUCAAGUACGCCGAGGAGUUCGACCAGCCAGACAUCAUGCCGCUGCUGGAGGUCCCGAGGACAUGGAAGGCCUUUGACGAGGAGCUAUUCGCGGCGGUGUUGCGCUACGCGUCUGGUGAGCUCAAGCGUUCCUUGUUGACCUACCGGGAGCAGUGCUAUCGGAGUGGGCGUGAGCCAUCUGGGAGGUACGCGUUCUACUGCGCACUCCAGAAGUUCACCCUCAAGCGCGGCACCGCGACCCAGGUCGACAUCUCGAAGCUUAUGGCGCACGAGUACAAGGGCGACCUCAGCCUCUACUUGGAUGGGUUGGACACGAUUCUCAUGCAGUUGAAGGACCCGCCUGAGGAGACGUUCCUGCACGCUUGCGUGGAGCCGAAGCUGCGGAAGUGCAAGCAGUUGGAGCUCGAUUUCAAGCUCUAUGACAGGGCGCCCGACGGCGCUGCGGAGAAGACCGUGCAGUGGCUAUAUGACGUGGCGCGCUCUCAUUGCCGUCGCAAGGAGCUGCAGGAUAUUCGGGAUGCUCUCCUCAAGCCCAGCCCGAAGGUCACGCCGAUCAAAGGCAAGGGCGACAGCAAGGGCAGGGGCAAGGACGGCCAUGAGGACAAGAUCAGGAAGCCAUGCGACAAAAUGGUGACAUCUGGCAGCUGCAGCGCCGGCAAGGAUUGCCGCUUCGCGCACUCGGGCCCCGAGUUCGACGCAGCCAGAGCCAAGGCCAAAGCGAAGGCGAAGCCGAAGGCUGAGCCCGAGACUACCGCGCACCCGAAGAUCCAGGGUGGACCGCCUGCUGGCACAGGAUCCGACGGCAGGCCCGCGCGGCCGCCUGGCGACUGCCUGAACCUGAAACGGAACAACACGUGCCGCUUCGGAGACAAAUGCGUCUUCCGGCACUUCUCCGAGCCGCCGUCCAGGGGCGACCAGAAGGCGAUCGAGAUGGGCGAGCCUGCGACGAAGCCGCCGCCUUCCACUCCUCCUACCGUUGCCUCGGCAAACGCCCCAGGAGGGCCGAGGAAACAGAUGAUCUGCAACGUCAGCCAGUCCGCGUUCGACGAGUGGGCGCUGGACACGGCCGCCGCGCUGGACGUCGCGAAUUCGAAUGUAAGCGGCGCCAAGGGCGAGAAGCAGAUGGCGACGGUCACAACCACCGUGGACUCUAUGGGGGAGACGGUGACUGCCACCGUGUUUCCAGACACGCCGGACGCGCUCGCGGUCGGCCGGAGGUGUGCUGAGAUGGGCUUCGGCGUCUAUUGGCACCCGUACCAGAUGAAGCCAGAGUUCUACAGGCCCGACGGCCAGCAGGUCAGUUGCGACGUCGACGAGCACUACGUUCCCUUCAUCCGCUCCCGACGUGGCGGCGACGGUGGUAGCCGCCGAGUUGUGGCGCCGGUCGCCCUUCCAGGAGAUGGCGACUCCGGGCCUGCCGAACCUCCCAUCGAGCCGGCGCUGGACGAGGCGUCUGCGAUCGCGCCGCUCCCAGGAGCAGCGGGGGAGGACUGUCAAUCUCUUCUGGCCGACGUGCAGCGGCUUCUCGACGAGGCCGAGCGGACCGAGCACGACCUCGAGGCGGACACCAUCGCCGACGAGUCAAGCUUCGCCGUCAAGACCGUCGAGACGAAGGACGAGGAGCAGGAGUAUCGCAUGCCGUGCCACGACGUCAACUCGGCCGCGCACAAGAGCAUGCACCUGCCGCGGCUCAAGGGCUGCCACAUUUGCGACGACAGCAAACACCUGCAUAGGUACAAGGUGCGGCACAAGGAGCCCAUGAUUUGGGUCACUGGCAAGGACGCGAUCGACAAGCCCUUCGGGGCGAUGUGCCACUUGGACUGGCUGGAGAUCCGCAGGGGCACCCCAGCCUACAAGACCGCACAGCGCGCCCUCAUGCUCACCGACGACUUGACGCAGUUCAUGGGCGCGGGACCUUCGAACUCGAAGGAAGCCAGGGUGGUGGUGGAGCUGAUUCAUCGUUUCGACGAGCUGCCGCCGUUGAUUCGCAGGUGGUGGUCCGACCGCGCAGCCGAGUUCUUGGCGGCCGCCCGGAUCAUCAGGGCCCAGCGGCCUCUUGCCCACUUCACUUCAGUGCCUUAUAGGCACGCUCCGAGGGCCGAGCGAUCUAAUCGCACCGCUUCCGAGGGGACUCGCGCGGCGCUCAUCCAGUCUGGCUUCGAGGAGGCUUGGUGGCCCAUGGCCCUGCUGUUCUGGAUCUCCCAGUGGAACGGCCUCAUGGUCGGGGCCGACGGCAUGGCCCCCUACUUCCGACGGCACAACCAGAAGGCUCCCUACAUGCAGUACGCGUUUGGGGCGCUGGUGCUCUUCCACCCUGUCUGCCUGGUGAAGGAGCAGGGUGCGGAGCCGCUGCACGACAAGCUGCAGUCGCGCUUGGUCCCGGCUGUCCUGGUGGAAGUCACGAUUGGUCCGGGGGGGAGGUGGGCCUCGAGCUACGGCGUGAUCCCUCUCUCCAGGUUCACCUCCGAUCGUCGGCCGGCCAAGGCUGCGAUCAGGAGGACGUGCGACGUCGUCUUCCCAGAGGACGCGACCUUCCCGCUCAAGCAGCGCCUCGCGAUACACGGAGCGACGGUCGACAAGUCGUUGCCGGCGCCGCAGGCGAAGGAGGGCGAGGAAGGGAACUGGGACAUGAUGGAGGAGGAGGGGGAGGUUGACGUCGAUGCGGAGCACUUCGAUGGGAAGUGGAAGGAGAACGCCGCCAAGUUCGAAGAGUCGGUCCCGCUUGGACACGCGCUGGCGCUGGAGCAGGAGGCGGGCGACGAGGACGAGACGAAGCCCGACACAGACGAGUUCAUGGUCGAGUUCCCGUCCGUCGACGCCGACCGCCGCGACGCGGAGCAGGCAGCGGAGGACAUCAAGCCAGAGAUCACCGCCAUCGAGGGGGGCAAAGCGCCGCCUGGCUGGAGGGCGGAUCGUUUCGGCAGGGGCGACAGAGCACGCCUUGUGCAUGUUCCCCCAUGGUCUCGACGCCCACCAACUUGUGAACCAGAGGUGCGGUGUGGCAUCGGUCGGCGCGCCCAGCGAGAUCUUCGUGACGAGUGGAAGGAGAAGGAUGCGGAGGGCUUCAACGAGCAGGAGGUGAGACGAUCUAUGUGGCUUAAGGCGAAAGGGAAAGGGAUCAUCCACCCAACUGCGCCCAUGGUUGCGGUGGCCCGACAGCCAGUCGAUGGGGCCCCCGACGGCGCAUCAGAGCUGCAGCCAGAGACGGGCGCGAGAGGUGGUGGAUGCUCCCAGGAUUACAUGCACGAGCACCGAGUACCUGCACAGAAUGUGGGCGGCAACUCUGCCGAGAGCCUUGUGCAGCAGGUGCGCAACAUGGUCAUGACGGGCGACUACAUGUUCCUGUUGAUAGAGUUGGGAUGCGCGGACGACAGCGAGCUAGCUGCGAACGUCCGCGAGCACUGCCUUGCCGUUAGGAUCACUGCCAAGGUGGACCUCACCAAGAAGAGCACCAAGAAAUUGCUGCACGCAUUGAUCAGAAGCCAGAACACGCUCAGUUGGGAGUGGCCGGAGUGCAGCGAGCUGUGGGAGAACGAGGCCGCGAAUGGCAUGUUAUCCCGCCAGGGCGCGGUGAGCGCCCUCGUGGCGUCGGCUGCGGUAGGCAUGUCCUUCACCCUCAAGGGCCGGGACGUGUACGUCGACAUGAAGUGGAAGAUCGCGACGACGCACCCGGGCGUGCCCAUUGAGCUGGAGAGGCACGCCGAGAUCCCAGAUCACAUCCCGAAGUCUGCCUUCGUGGAGUGCCAGGGCCGAUUCGCAGCCGCCAGCGCGCUGUACACGACGGAGAUGGCGAUGCUCAUCUGGCAGGCGUUGCGGCCUACUGCCCCGCGCGUGGCCCCAUGCGUGGUCUCCGAUCGUAUCUUGGAGCGCGUGCUGCCGCCAGGACCGCCGAACAUGCCUUUGUGGUGUUGUCUCAUUACGCGCCUGGUCAACAUGCGCUCGGAGGAGGCCAAGACCGAUAGGGCGAAGCAGGCCAUCGACGCGGACGUCGUCGUCGGCAGGGUCUUCGUCAUCUUAGGAUGCAAGAACUCCGAGAUGUCUGAGGACCAGUGGAAAUACCGUGCACGCGCAGUGUUCCAAGGGAACAACAUAUGGACGCGGACUGGCAGGAGCGCCUACGAGAUCUUCGAGGAUGUGUCGAACUCCCCCGCCAGCCUCAUAGCGGCGCGCUGCGCCUUCGCGGUCUCGCUGAUGAAGCAGAUGACUUGCACGUACCGCGACGCGUUCCAAGCGCACCUGCAGGCGACGAUGGACACAGGCACGGACCCUGGCGUGAUCAACCUCGUGGAGCUUCCGCGCGAGUGCCGCGAUACCAUCGCCCAGCUGUUCCUCUACGCGCUCCCGGGCCAUCCCAAAUCUGGGAACAUAUGGGAGACGCACACCGACACGGCAUUCGUCAUCAAGCUCACCGGCUGGAAGAAGGUCGAGGGUUGGCACAGCGUGUGGGUGCACUGCGACGGGAGCAUCAUGGUGAUCUACGUGGACGACUUCAUGUUGGCGGCGACGGCAGCGAACGCCAGGAAGCAUUGGGAGGAGCUCGGCCGGCACAUCGUCUUCCAGGAGCAGUAUGCCGACGUCCUCCGGCACUUGGGGGCGAUCUACAACUUCGACAAGUUCACUGGCGAGCACACGGGGGCCCUGAGGAAGGCGACGACUCCAUUCCCUCCAGAGACCGAAUCGUGGACGCCAGCGGACGACGAGCCAGGGGUUUUCCAGACUUCUGCUUCUUCGUUCGUCGCUUCUGGACGUUAUGCUAGUCUGGUCAGCCGCCCGGACCUCAGUGUUGCCAUCCAGCGUCUUUGCUCGCGUGUGACAAAAUGGUCUGUGACAGAUGACGUGUCCCUCAUCAGACUCAUGGCUUCCAUACAGGAGCAUCGCGACCUGGAGUUGCGCGGCACCUUAGGGCCGAGCGACCUGGACGACUUGGAGAUAGGGCUCUGGCCAGACGCAGAUUGGAAUGGCGAUGCCAAUACCACGAGGAGCACGAGCGGUGUAUUUUGUGAAUUGCAUGGCGUGGGAUCUGGAAACACGUUGCCUUUGACGUGGAAGGUGUCUCACCAAACGGCCACGGCGAGCAGUUCAGCGGAAUCAGAGACGGUCAGCGCAUCCAGCGCAGUCAGACACGUCUCCCUUCCAAUCCCGACGUUGCUCGAGGCCCUCCUGGGCACGCUGGUGCCGAUACGGUGCAGCAUCGACAACACGCAGGCGAUCGCUGCCAUUAAGAAGGACUACAGCAAACGCCUUCGUUGCUUGUCUCGAACACAUCGUUGUUCGAUCGGGGCCAUGAACGAGAUCUACGAGGACCCCGAGGCAGCCCUGGACGUGGUGUACGCUCCGACGGCGACUCACAAGGGCGAUUUCUUCACCAAAGCCUUGAACCCGACCCCGUUCCAGCAGGCUCGGGCGCGCAUAGGUAUGAGGCGCAACGCAUCUGAAGCUCAGCAGUGA